AUAGAACAACCAACAACGUUGUGUUGUGUAUAACGUGUAAUGGUAGGAAAGCGAAAGAAGGAUCAACUGUGCUGCGCCGAGGUCUUAUCCUCGAGCUGAAAUUGGCUUUCCCUAUAAUUGCCCGCUGGGUUCGCUGGCAUAAACAAGAACAACAAAAAAAAAACGACACUAUUUUGCCUCGUGUAUUACCUACGCGCGAGUAGUGUGCAUCCAGCAUAAUAGAAGUGUGUACAAACGUUGUAACUAUUCCAACCAACUUCAGCCCCGGCAGUCCGGUGGUUGGCCGGGCGCUUUGUGCAAAAUCCUACCCACUCCCAUGUGUUUAGUUAUGUUGCUCGCCUUUAUCGCAAUUGUUCAAAGGAUGAUUCAAUUGUUUGCUUGCUUUGCCUCUCUCCGGGUGUAUCCCAAAGGUGUAUGCGCAGCUUUUGUGUGAUACGCGCAUAUGUAUGCUAUAAUUGUAAAUUCCAACAACGCAAAAGAGAGAGAGAAAAACGGAACGUGAAUGGAAAAUCGAUAGGUAUUUCAGCAAAACACAGCAAACUGUACAAAAGAACAACAACAAUAAGGUUUAUAAACAGAAAUAAGCAUUAAAAUGUAGGACAAAAAACUAUUGUGAGUCUCAAAAAGCUCUCCCCCGGAUGCCUUGAAUUGUUCAUAGAAUAUUUGGUACUAAUAACUAAGGCUAAUUUGUUUUUCGUUUUCGCUAAUGCUUCUUCUAAUGGAACAACACAUGGGAGAAACUACUACUGCCCAAUGGAAACACACUCGGACAACAUAGAGAAUGGGUGGAAAUUGUAAAAACAAAAGAGAGAACACACAGCAACAAAUCCCAAUGCAAAUGUCCUCCAACCAUCGAAUCGUCGAACCCUGUGCGCGCCCACCAGCUAGGGAGAGGAAGCAUGAUGAUGUUAAUGAGCAGCAGCAUGAACAGACAAACGUAACAGCAAGAAACACACGCAAUACAGUGCAGAGACAGAGUGUGCAAUGGGGUGCAAAAGAUUGGGAUAUACCUUUCGCCAGAAAAUUCAAAAGACAUCAAAGAUCAGUAAGGUUUUACAAUAGAAAAGUCGUUCAGUACCCUCACUCGUGAUAUGUACAGUAAAUUACCGAUACCAAGCAACAACACAAAAGCACACAAGAAGAAGAAAACAAACCGGUAUGGGACGAGAACGCCGGUGUGUCGCGGUGAGAUGUGGAGUCGUGCGAGACAAUUGUAAAAAGCGAUCGAUUUUAACUGUACAAAACGCGUGCAUAAUGGUGUUGCUCAUAUGGGCAGCAUCAUAUGCUUCUCCUCUUCUCGACUCCUCCACAAACAAACUAACAACUCCCGCACAGUAGCAGCAGCAGCAGCAAUAGGUCUGCGAAUCUGGCAAGAAAGGCGGUAUUUUUCUUUGGGUAUUGAGCACUCACUCCGGCAAUAGAUCUGUGAUGAUUUUUCGUUUUUUUUUAUUUGUUUGUUGUAUUACUUAAAUCUCAGAUAAUACGCCAUGACCGCAACAUCGCUAGGCGCAGAGUAUACCCAAUGUUUUAAAGCCAAAUCACCCACCAUCCCGCACACGUCACGUUUAGGGUCAUUUGUUGUGCAUGCUUGAUGAAAGGAGUAAAUGCUACGGGGAACGAUCGCGGCUGUUUAUUAGUUUGAUGCAAGUGGAAACAUCCAAUCACUAACCAACACCACCACCAGCAGCAUCUUCAUUUGGUGGAAACAUAGUAAAGCAAACCUUACGAUUGCAGAUUGUAAAGAAAAACACACAUCCAGGCAGAGGGAUACAUCCUUAAUCUGUUCUGUGCUAUGAAUAACGAAAAUUGUAUGUAAAAUGCGUUCGAUUUUAAGUGGGCGAGCUGCUCCCCCCCCCCCCCCCCCCUAAAAAAAGGGUUCACGUUCCGCCACGUGCUGCUUCUAUGUGUACAGAAGUAAAACUACUUUUCGCGGUUUAAAGAUUAGAUGAUUUGACUAUGGAAUCUCCAGCAAGAACGAAAUGAUUUUUUGUGUAAAAAAAAAGAACAAUAUGAUGUGCAGGAGAGCGCCAUCAGACCUCAGAGAUGUUGCAAUAGACGUCUCUCAGAAGACAGAAGAGAAGGAAAAUCGAACAAAAACUGCCGGGAUCGAACACAGAUGAAAGAGGAGCAAAAUGCACAGAACAACAGCUACGGCAGCACAGUGGUUGCAAUUAUAGGCAAAACAAAUUUAGCUAAAGGAAGGAGGGACACGAGCGGAGAAACUGGCACGAUCAUGAGAUCAACUGGUGUGAACAAUGAGAGAGACAUAAGUAAAGAGUGGAGGAGGAGAAGGAGGACACAGAUAAACAAACAAAUGAGAAAGGAUAACCAACAGAGUUGAUGAUACAGCGAAAUGGAUAAAAAGAGUUGAUAAACAAAUGGAUGGAAGACUGGAUUGCUGGAACAUAAACCCGCACAAAACACACAUACACACAACACGUGUUCACACAAGAAUGAAAGAAGUUUUGAUACUGAAAUGUGAAGCGAUAACAGAUAAGAUCAAGAGAGAAGAGAAAAGACAGAAAGAAAAUCACAUUAUGCAAUAGCAUCAGUAAAAAUUCAAAUGUUAAGCACGCUACCACCAGCUUCCUCCUGAUGGUGCUAAAUUGGCGAACGCUGUUUCCGUUUAUCUGAUUUAUAGAAGCUACUUUCUUGCUUUUAAUGUAAAUUUAACAUUUUCUGUUACGUCGCGAAAAGCAUCUAUUGUGCAUUAAUGGAGCUAAGUUUGGUUCCUCUUAACGGAAGCUUCCAUGAGCUUUCCUUUUCUCCCUGUUAUCGUUUGCUUCAUUUUAAUUUUGCUCAAGAUUUAACACGCGAUCAGCUAAGCGAUGCGUAGCGAGCGAUUGCGUAUCCAGGGUAACACUUGGAAAACAACAAUGCAGUGAAAAGAUCAUAGGAGCAUGGUGAAGCAGAGAGUAAUGUGAACCGAACGAUAACUAUGGUCACAAUUAAAGCAAACAUGUGUGCACGGCUGUGUUUGUGUGCUGGUGCGUGUUUAGGGGAGACAGGAUCACAACAGUAAAAAAGGAAGACACAAUAGUCACACCACAAUCGGAGCAAAUGAAUCGAGAGUAACCAAUGAAAAGAACGCAAAAGAACAAACGCAGAGAGCGACCGAUAAAACACACUCACACACAACUAUAAAUAAUGCAUUAUAAAUAUUAAACUAAUAAUAAUUUGAACAUACAUAUAAAUACUAUGAUACUAUCAAAAUAAAUAAAUUUUCUGUAAUAUUGAAGAAAUAAUAA